CGUCCUAAAGCUGUCCAAUCCCGCACGAGCACCUGCUUUGGCGUCUCCGUGCGUUUGGGAGGAACAUGGCCGACAGGCUCACGCAGCUCCAAGACGCGGUGAACUCGCUGGCAGAUCAGUUCUGUAAUGCCAUCGGAGUCCUGCAGCAGUGUGGACCUCCCGCCUCCUUCAGUAAUAUCCAGACAGCAAUUAACAAAGACCAGCCUGCCAACCCUACAGAAGAGUACGCCCAGCUUUUUGCUGCUCUGAUUGCACGAACAGCAAAGGACAUCGAUGUUUUGAUAGAUUCCUUACCCAGUGAAGAAUCUACAGCGGCUUUACAGGCCGCCAGCUUAUAUAAGCUAGAAGAAGAAAACCAUGAAGCAGCGACAUGCCUGGAGGACGUGGUUUACCGAGGCGACAUGCUUCUGGAAAAGAUUCAGAGUGCGCUCGCUGACAUCGCGCAAUCCCAGCUGAAGACGAGGAGUGGUUCCCACAGCCAGGCUCUUCCAGACUCUUAGCACCAGAAACCUGGUGGUGAAGCCAAGGACUAUUUCAGCACAUUAUGAAUUCUGCAUCAGAUUUUGAUACAAGCCUUACCAACAGUUAUGGAAACAUACACUAUAAUACUUGUUACCUUUUUAGCUAUUUUAAUAAUCUUCUAUUUUCACUCUUGAUAAAUAAGCUUACAAAAUUGUGAUUGAACCAGCUUUAAACCAUCACUAUGCGGUCAUUUUUUUAUCUGAACGAAAUUAUUAAGGCAGUUAUUGCAUUAAUGUUCAUAAUAUAAUUCAGAUACACUAUGAAGUUCUGUCUUCUUUUUUCUUGCAUGUUGGGGCUGGAACCCAGGGUCUAGCACAAGCUAGGCAGGCUGUUUGCCAUAGAGUUACACUCCAGCCUCAA